UUCGGCAUCGUGAACCACCAAUAUAAGCUGCCGCAGCUCCCAUACUCCACAUUAUUGAGCAACGAGUUUGUAGAGAAAUUAAGCGAAGCAAGCGGAAACAGGUCGUGCUCGGAGUUACACCUUCGCCGAAAGAGACCCCGUGGUGCAAAGUUACAAUCCCUUUGUUGAACUUGCGCGCAGUAGGACUUCGGCAAGAGUCUUCUCGUGAGGUGAUCGGAAAACAGUGAAGCGUUUGGAUAGUGGAAUUUACAGCAAUCAUGGGAGACCAAGUGCACCCCGGGUCGCCAUCGAUCCCUCCUCCGGCUACAUACGCUAAACCUCGCCAUCGUGGAUGUCGCGGCAGGCUUGCCGGCUGCUGCUGCUGCUUGUUAUCCAUAUUCUGCACAUUGCUGUUUGGGUUUCUAGUUCUGGCGGGGAUUACGAUUUUGGUGCUCUGGUUGGUGCUGAAGCCCAUCCACUUGCCCAAGUACAGCCUCGACAACGUUGAUUUUUGUAGCUUCAGUGUGGGACAGAACAACAAUGUUAACGCCGAUAUCCUCUACACUAUCACAGCUAACAAUCCCAAAAAGAAGAUCGGCAUCAAAUAUGACAACAUCAACAUAGAAUCCGAGUAUGACGGGCAAGUCUUUGGGCACAGCACCGCCCCCGGCUUCUACCAAGGUCACCAGAACGUCACAACCAUCACGUCUGAAGUCCUCGUCAAUAACUACGCGCUUACUUCAACCUCCGCAACUACUCUUGCCUCACAGAUCUAGAGCAACAGUGUCCCGCUCCACUUCCGCCCAAGCGCCAAAGUUCACGUUAAGAUUGGAAGUUACACUUCCCCCGGAUUCAAGGUUCGUGUGGACUGUGAUGUGACGAUGGGGGUGAGCCCCGUCAUGCUCAAGAGCAAGUCCUGCAAGUUGAA